ACUACAGCAAUAUGUCACUGACAAUCACAAGACAUUUACAUUUCUUGAUCAAGAGACUUUCGAGAGUGAAAAUGAACUUCAAAAUAUUAUUUAUCGAACGGUUAUCAAUCCUGAUCUGUUUAAUUUGUCCAAUGGUCGAGUUUUUAGUUGUCAAAUACUUCAACAGCAGAAGACUACGCAUGAGACUGCUCACACAGACUUUCUUGAAAAGUCUGAUGUUCUUGUAUUAUAUUUCCAUCAUGCAGCAGUUGAUGGAACUUCUAUAGCAAUCCUGUUGAAUGAUUUCUAUAAUGCUUAUAGUAAUAAUACGACAGUUUCACUUGAUGAAAAAUCAGUGAAAUAUAUUGAUUAUGCUGUUUAUGAACGAAUUAUGGAUAUGACAUUAUCUCGUAGCUUCUGGUAUUCUCAACUAGAAAGAUUUAAUCUCAAACGUGCAUUAAAGCUACCAGUUGAUAGACACCGUUUGCCAGCUGUUCAACGAUCUGGCUUGGCGUCGGUAGCUCAAAUCUAUUUUGGUAAGGAGCUGUCGAUGAUGUUUCUCAAUUAUGCUUCAUUACAUCAAAUUACACCUUUUCAGCUUGGUUUGACUGCAUUUUAUAUGUUUCUAUUCAAACUAACCCAUGGAGAAACUGAUUUAUGCAUUGCAGCUAUUAAUGCUAACCGAUAUCGGAGUGAAUUAGAAAAUAUGAUCGGUAUGUUUGUUUCAACGUUACCAUAUUGUGUUCAACUCAAUUCUCAUUGGUCAUUUGAUAAACUUGUGAAACAUGUCCGAGAGAAGUGCUUAUCAAUUCUUGAACAUUCUCAUUAUCCACUUCAACAUAUACUUACUGAUUUUCGACUUAACCAAUUGGAUGUUCCAUUUCUUGAGAUCGUAUUUAAUUUCUUACCGGUGUCUACAAAUAUUGAUCGAUAUUCUAUAGGUGAUGUACGCUUAGAACAAAUAUCAAUCGAACAAGCAGAUGAAAUUUCUCAGUUUGACUUCUCAACAGUGUUUCUGUACAAUCCGACAUCAGAUGAUCAUAAACUUUCCUGUCUAUUCUCCUGUUCGCAUGAUUUAUUUGACAACACUACUGUUAAAAUAACAGCGCAACGAUUCCAGUAUCUCUUAUCACAAUUAUUUUCGACAAACGCAAAUGGCAUGGAAAAGAAUCUAUCUACUAAGUCUAUCAAAAAUCUGUCUUUGAUAUUGCCUGAAGAAGCGAACGAAAUAUAUACAUUAACAUUAAGUCGCGUGACAGGUGUUGCUACAGAAGCACCAGCAUCAUUUGCACAAGCUCGUAUUUGGCUUGAUGAACGAACUCGCUUCGAUUCAGACAAGCCUCAAACAGCAAUUUAUAACAUGCCUUUUGUCUAUCGUCUGCAACUAAACCAUACUUUAUCGAUUAAACAACUUCGUCAUGCUCUUCAUCUCACUGUUAACAAACAUUCCUUACUUCAUACAUCACUUCAUUUUCACAUAGAAAAAAAUCUACUUAUGCAACGAGUUAUUACUCAUGAUGAUAAAAAUAAUAAUAUGUUUUCAAUCAUCGAAACUACUUAUGAAACACAUGAACAACUCUAUGAGAUUUUACAUGACGAGAAACGUGAUCUUCAUCUUUUUGAUCUUGCUCAAGGUCUCGUCUUUCGAUGCCAUAUUA